AUGUUAAGAUAUGAAAAAAUACCGAGAGGUGUGAUACUACGAAAUAGGAAGUUACAUAUAAAUUGUAUACGGCACAAGCAAAAGCAAAUCGAAACCGAUUUUCAAGGUUUAAGAUCAUUAAUCAAAAACAACCAACAACCUUCACAACUCAAAAAAUCAAGUUCAAAAUCCAAUGUAAUAGAUAGAUCAUUUUUAAAUAAUUUAGUUGAUAAAGAAAGCAUUAGAACUGAGAAAGAAGUUGAUUCAAAGACAGAUCUAUCAAAAUUAUCAGCUUUGAUUAAAUCUAAAAAAAGAGUUUUCGAUAUUGAGCAACCGGAUUUUGAUCUCGAUAGACCAAACAAACAGAUAUUACAAGAGAUCAAAAAGAAAGCAGAAAAAUCAAAUAUACUAAGAUAUGAAGAACCAUCAAAAGAGUGGAAAAAGGAAAUUUCAAAGUUCGAUGAGCUUAAAACUUUCUUUGAUCAACUACCUGGAAAUUUGAAAGUCAAUGGAAGAUUAGUAAAUAAUCCCAUUAAAGUUGGAGAUUUAGUAACAAUGGGAACAGAUAGCUUGAGAUUAUAUAUAGUGGCUGGAGUACCAAAAUCGUUUAAUUCAAGAAUUGCUACUUUUCUUUCUGAUAAAGGUGAGAUAGUGUUUGCAAGUUUUUCAAAUAUUGGAUAUAGAAUACCUGGAGCAAUACCCGAAAAAUACUCAUCAGCUAUAGAACGGUUUGUCAAACUUGAACACAAGAUUUUAAACACUCCACCUAUUGGUAUUCCCGAUGCCAAAUUUUCAAAAUCAAAUAAAUCCUUACCAAAAGAAAUACAACCAAAGACAAAAGAUGAUGAAAAAUUGAAUGAUGAGAUGAUAGAAAACGCGGAAGCAGAUUACGAACCCAGCAAUUUAAUUGUUGCUCAAGCUUCAUCUCAAUUGUUGACCAACUCAAACGUUCAAACUUUUAUAAUUCCAAACUCAGCUAGAGAAUUAUAUUUUGAGGCUUUGACCGAAAUAUCAACAACAGCUUUUAAAAUGGUACAUGAAAUGAAUCAAAAAUUGGAAGGAUUACAUAGAAUAUUACAGGAUGAUGUUACAGGAGAAAUAAAUGCACCAAGAUCAAUAUCCAUAUUUGAAAUAAUGAAUAAGUUACGAUCAAAAAGUUCUACAGCUCAAAAUUUAAAACAAGGUAACCAAAGCCAACUUGGUCCGAAACCAUCUCAAAUGAUUGAUUACGAUUCUCAAAAUUAUCCAGCUACUGAGUAUUUAGCAAUCUUGUUUGCUUUAAAGAAACAAAGCAGAUUAUGGACGUUACAAAAGAAUAAAGUAUCUUACUCUCCCACAAAACUUAUCAUAUGGCCACUAGCUCAAGUUGCACAUGAAGAUGAAAUUAUCAGUGAUUUAAAUGGUGAGGGAAGUGAUUAUUUCGCAAAUUAUUGUGUUGAUAUUAUAAUUCGGAAAAAUAAAUUGGAAAAACCAAAAAAUUAUGAACAUGUGGUCAAAAUGUUAAAACAAUAUGUAAAUGGGAAAUACGAGAAUGAUCCAAAAGUUUCAACUGUUUUUGUUUCAUUAUUGAGAAAAAUUGAUAAAUUUUUAAUUGAAAAUGGUGUUGUAGUGAAUGAAAAUCAGUACAAAUCUGAAUUUUCAUUUGCAAAAGCUUAUGAUUUAUUGACUAAAUUGAAUGAAAAUAAAAUUGAGAAUCCUAAUAGAUGGUCGAAUGAAGCAGAACUUCCAGGUGAAGAAAUUUCAAUGAAAGCAGACAUAAAGAGAAACUAUUACAAUUUUGUUGAUGAAACAUUCGAAUCAGGAAAUAAAAAUAACACCAAUUCAAGCCUGAUAGAGUCUAACUUUUAUCAACGAGAUCCACUUGAAAAAAUCCGAGUUGAUAUGAAAAAUGUUCCAAUCUAUUGUAUUGAUGAUCCUACUGCUCAUGAGAUUGAUGAUGGAAUUUCAUUACAUGAAGAAGAUGAUAAAUACGUGAUUUCAAUUCAUAUUGCAGAACCAAGUUCUUUUAUCAAACCAGAUUCUACUAUCAGUUCAAUUGCAUUUGGUUUAUCUUCAACUGCUUACUUACCGGACGAUGUUUUUCCCAUGUUGCCUCAAACAAUUUCCAAAAUUGCAGGUCUAGGGGUUACUGGUCAAGACACAAGAACAUUUGUAGUUCAAUACAAAUUGAAUAAGAAAUCUAUUGAUGAUUUUGUUAUCCAGAAAGCUCAAAAUCCAAAUUUUCAACCUAGUAAAAAAUUACUAGAUGAUAUCAACUUGCAAAUAUACAAAAACUAUGAUGUCAAAUUUGCUCUUGUCAAUAAAUUCAGACAAGGAUUCACAUAUGAGGCCGUAAAUAAAUUACUCAAUGAUAAGGACAAAUUGAAAGAUCUCAUUAAAUCAAAUGGUAAAUCUAAAGAUUCAGAUUUUGAUAACUUAUAUAAACUAGAACAAAUUUCUUCUUUACUUUGGUCAAUAAGAAGUUCAAAUAAUGCAUAUUCCAACAAUCAAAAUAAUAAAUUAUUAGUAGGAGAACAAGAUUCAAAUUCAAAUUCAAAAACAGCUGAUUAUGAAAUAAUUUUACCAAAUUCAAAUCAAUCAAUUAAAAUUUCAUCAUCUUCAUCAAAUGAUGAAUCCAAUAGAUCAACGGUUUUAGUUACUGAAAAUAUGAUUCUUGCAAAUCAUUUAACAGCAAGAUUUGCAAAAGAUAAAGAUAUUAAAAUAUUAUAUAGAUCAUUAGAUCCUAAAUUUUCACCAGAAUUAAUUAAAGAAUAUAAAGAACUAAUAACUUCAAAUUCAAACAGUGUUAGUCAAGAAACUAUAUUAAAUUUCUAUUCAUUUUUAUCAAGAAGUUUAAUUGAUGAUAAUCCAAAUAAACAUUUUUUAAUGGGUUUAGAUAUGUAUACUAAUAUAACAUCACCAUUAAGAAGAUAUACAGAUAUGAUAAAUCAAUGGAAAUUUCAAGAUUAUUUUUUAGGUAAAAAGCAAACAAUUCCAGAUAAAUCAAUACCUGGAAUAAUUUCUUACCUAAAUGCUCAAAAUGAUAUUAUAAGAAAUUUACAAAAAAAAUCAAUUACAUUUUAUCAAUUAUUAUUUUUAAAAUUAUAUAAUGAUAAAUUUGGUAAUUUAGCAAAAAAUUUAAAUUUAAAAUUAAAAUUAAAAACAAAUCCUAAGAGAGGAUCAGUUGUUUCAGUUACAAUUGAAAAUUUUACAAAUGUAAAUUCUAAUGUUGAAGUUAGUCUUUCUUUAUUAGAAGAUGUUAAAAAGGGAAAUUUAAAAGUUGGUGAAAAUUUUGAUAAUUCAAGAUUAAAUUUGAAAAAAAUUGAUAUUAUUGAAAAUGAAUUAAUUUUUGAAUAUAAAUAA